AUGGCUUUUGUUCAUCAUCAGCCGCGGCAGCAACGUCGUGAGCGACAGGAUCAUGCUGUCGACUCCACAUCCGCCACUUACGCCACACCAUAUCAACGACACGAACGCGAAGUUCCUCAAGAUUGGAGCAUUGUCUUUCCCGGCCGAUCGCGCGAGGUCCCCACCCACACCUCCAACCUCGUCCCCGCCUCUCCUUCUACGGAUCAGACGGAUGACACGGAUCCACUCGCACUCACAUUGCCACCACUUCACGACGGCACCGGUCGGUUUCUCGCGUCCCCGCUCAGCCCUUCUUCUACCGAUGUCGCAUCCGUCGAUGCAGCCUUGAACGACAGCAGCGCCGACGACGAUCGACUCUCGGAAGCACGCCAUUCGGAAGAUGUCUUUCCCGAGUCCGUCUUCAGUGGUACCGAAUCGCAGCUUGAUGCAGAUGAGGAGCUCGGCUUUGGCUCUGGCUCCGAUUUUGAUUUCGAGAGCGAUGCCGUAGCCUCCUCCUAUCCCAGUCGCAGCUCGGCUCGUCGUGGUGCCCGUCGAACAGCUUCGCGCAGAAGACCCUCUAAGCUCAGCCAUGUGAGCAUCGGAAGUGGCGACGAAGACGAUGAGCAGGCCGCUGCGACUCAGUCAUAUAGCCAUAUGCUCGGAAGUAAGGCCUGGUCUCUGCUCGGUCGCAGCAAAACGUUGGAACGUGUCCCCGAAAGCCCCUCUGCUUCUACACAGCUCUACUCAAGCGCACGUUCGAGUCGUCACAUGGGUCGUGUCCGUCGCACCGCAAAAGAUUUGCCUGUCGUCUUCACCAGCGGGUCAGAACGCGAAGACAAUGCCGAUGGCCAAGGUCUCGAUCGCUCUCGAGCUACGGCCCGCCAUACGGAGGCAGCCUCUUACGAUGCCGACCUGGCAGUGAGCAAUCUCGCCCAGAGCGCCGGGCUCUCUCACCUCGACCGCAGCGAUCUGCUGCGGCGACCCAAGCGAAGGCAUCGUCGCUCGGCAGCGGGUCGUUCGAGCAAGCGCAGCAACACAUCGCAGUCGCUGCUCAGCAUCGAUUACGAGUCGCGCCUCCUCUCUGCUCAGCACCAUGCUGCUCACACUCGUCGACACGCCGAUGGCGCAGAGACGCCGAGAUCAUCGAGCCAAGCAUCGAGGAUGGUGCAAGAGCAUCCGUCCAAGACGUCGCGCGUGAUCGGCUCCAUCCUGCGCAGGGUAUUUGAUCUGGAACCCGAUGUGCUCGAUGCGUUUCUGCACGAGGAUGCCGAGAGGCAGCAGCAGCGAUCCGGGGUGCAGCAACAACACAGGGCUACGCCGCUUCCAGGAUUUGCAUUCGAAGCAGCAGAUGCGCCGUUGGCGAGUGUGCCGCUGGCAGGUGCUUCGGUACCAUCGGCAGCAGCAGGAAUGAUGCUGGAUGGCAGAAGCGAGCACGAACGUUGGCGAGCCUCGUCGGACGUUGAGACCGAAACGGAAUGCCAGCUCCCCACAAUCGUACUUGACCCUGCCACAUCACCGCUCUUCUCCAACUCGAAACCAGUCGAAGGCGAAGAGACGGCCGACUCGAGCGCUUGGCGACUCACCGAAGCGGCGCUGCUGCAGCGUGGAUCCGUAUCCACGCGCCGUACGAGCGGCUCGCAGUCGCCCAUGGAGCCCACGACGAUCGAAGCGCUGUCAGCGUUCAUGAAUACGAUGGUGAUGCCCGUGCCCAUGCCGUUGCGCCUGUUGGGCGCGUUGUUCGGCUGGUCGAGCAUUUGGACACCCAAAACACCUUCGACGGAGCACUAUCCAGCCGAAUUCGGGUCGGCGUCUUCAUCAGCGGAAGAAGAACAGGCAUCGAGGGAUGCAGAGGAAGAGCGCAAGUACAGGUACGAGCGGCUGCUCAGCGCUCAACAGGCCAAAGCCUGGAGUCGGCGAUACAGGGGCAUUCUGUUUGCCAAUGUCGAUGACGAGGAGCCCAGCCCAGAUGUACCUGAAUUAUGGCGUGGCGAGGAGCAUCCUGCGAUUGCUGGUCACCAGGAUGUCUAG